GAAAACAUUUAUUUCGAUUACAUUUUCAAUUCGAGAUAUAUGAUUAAGUUUUGAAGAAAUUUAUAUAUUUUUAGAUACUUUUCUUACCUUUAUGUUUUGAAAUCCAUUGUAAACUAAGAUUUUUCAAAUAUUUGCCAACCGGAAGUUUGUGUGCUGUCUGUAGAAACAGCAACGCCAAGAAUUUUUGUUUGGCGCCUUUACGGGGCCGGUCGAACAAAAACGACUGUUUUCUCUAAUCUUCAUUUAGUUAUUUGUAGUGUGUUUUGUACAAAAUGGGUGAUAAAGGAGAUGGAGAAACAUUCGACGACGCGGUUGAAGAAAGAGUGAUAAACGAGGAGUACAAAAUAUGGAAGAAGAAUACUCCAUUUCUGUACGACUUGGUGAUGACACACGCCCUGGAGUGGCCCUCCCUGACGGCCCAGUGGCUUCCCGAUGUUACCAGACCGGAGGGCAAGGAUUAUUCGGUUCACAGGCUAAUUUUGGGCACACACACAUCAGAUGAACAGAAUCAUCUACUCAUCGCCAGUGUUCAACUGCCAAAUGAAGAUGCACAGUUUGAUGCAAGCCACUAUGACAAUGACAAAGGAGAAUUCGGCGGCUUCGGCUCUGUGUCCGGUAAAAUCGACAUAGAGAUAAAGAUAAACCACGAGGGCGAGGUGAACCGCGCGCGCUACAUGCCGCAGAACCCAUGCGUCAUCGCCACCAAGACACCGUCCUCCGACGUGCUCGUGUUCGACUACACCAAGCACCCGUCCAAGCCUGAACCCUCGGGGGACUGCCAUCCUGAUCUGAGACUGCGUGGUCAUCAAAAAGAAGGUUAUGGUCUGUCUUGGAAUCCAAACCUUAAUGGAUACCUCCUGUCAGCAAGCGAUGACCACACAAUAUGCCUAUGGGACAUAAACGCGACGCCGAAGGAGGGCCGCGUGAUCGAGGCCAAGUCCGUGUUCACGGGACACACCGCCGUGGUGGAGGAUGUCGCGUGGCAUCUCCUGCACGAGUCUCUGUUUGGAUCGGUGGCAGAUGACCAGAAACUCAUGAUCUGGGAUACAAGAUGUAACAAUACAUCAAAACCAUCGCACACAGUGGACGCGCACACCGCCGAAGUAAACUGUCUCAGUUUCAACCCAUAUUCGGAAUUUAUACUGGCUACGGGCAGUGCCGAUAAAACCGUGGCGCUGUGGGACCUGCGCAACCUCAAACUGAAGCUGCACUCGUUCGAGUCGCAUAAGGACGAGAUCUUCCAAGUGCAGUGGUCACCGCACAACGAGACCAUCCUGGCCAGCAGCGGCACCGACAGGAGACUGCACGUAUGGGAUCUGUCGAAGAUCGGCGAGGAGCAGACUGCGGAAGAUGCGGAGGACGGCCCGCCCGAGCUGUUGUUCAUACACGGCGGACACACCGCUAAGAUAUCCGACUUCUCCUGGAAUCCCAACGAGCCCUGGGUCAUUUGUUCUGUUUCUGAGGAUAAUAUUAUGCAGGUAUGGCAGAUGGCGGAGAACAUCUAUAAUGAUGAGGAGCCGGAGACGCCCGCGUCGGAGCUGGAGUCCGGUGUUAACGUGAACCACGGCUAGCCUUCGCCCCCCUCUGCCGCUCACUUCACCACCACAACCGCCACCCGCUCGCCCACGCGUUACGCCACGCCAGACACCACGCUACACAUCGACAACUGACCAUCCACCACACCACUCAUACAAAUGGAAAAAACUGCAUCAGUUGUUAGUCUCUUUUCAUAAGUGUAAAUGUGACAGCUGCUAACAGGUACACUUCGGUCGUUUUGAACUUUUCUCAUGUCGUCAAGGCUAUUUUUAGAGACGAAAUUUCGAGUAAGAGAAGGGCCUAUUUAAGCCAGCUAAAGUGGAUGGGCCGUAUUUGCAAGAGGGGUGUCCACAGUAGUAUCCAAAAAAUCACUGCAUGUUUAAAACUAUGAAAACAUAACUUGAAACUAGUGCACAGUUUUCUCGAUUUCAUUAUGAUUUAUUUAUAUCCAAUUCAAUUAUGCUACAUAAAGUAUUUUUAUUUAGUUAUUACAUUUUUGAUGGAGACGGCGUAUGUAUGCUAUAAACAUACUGUGUCGAACACACGAGUGUGGUCUUGCGGUUGUCUCAAUCCAUAAACUAUACUAUGUUUAAGUCGAAAGGUUUCAUUAGAACCAACUUUUUGUAACGGCCCGUAGCAAAAUAAAGAUCUCGAACACAAUUUUACAUUUUAAAUAAUCUACCUUUUUCAUUACACAACGUCACGCUGUUUAGAUCUCAUUUCGAUCUCCCACAUAUUCUGGGGGUUAUAUGUUUCAUUAGAAACAUUAACCAGUGAUGGUCUACGUGCAAGAAUCUCAGAGCAAAUGAUAUCAAUUUUGCAAAAACUGUAAUUCAGCUGUAAUGCGCGUUAUGAGUAGGAAUUUUUGAUAAUACGACACAGUUGUUUGCUUUUUUAGGAGGGGUUUGAAGUUCAGUUUAAAGAAAAGUUUAUCUUCUAUUAUGCGACCUAUGUUUUUGUGGGGUUGCAUAUUAGGCCUUUGAUAACAUAAUUUUGUUUUUUGCAUCAAUAGAAUUCUAACUCGGUACGUCAACCGCUGAAUACAUUAAAUUAUUGAAUAAAUUUACUAAAAAGGAAACCAAUACGUAAAUAGUAUGUAAUUACGAAUAUUUAGAAAUGAAUUUUGUUUUCGUUUAAAUAAAUGUUUUAAUAUGUUUGCACGUAGAUCGGUAAUUCGGUGCGUUUGUUUCAUAAAAGCACUAGUUUGAUAUAUCAAUUGUUAUGAAUUACUUUUCAGUCACAUCGCUAGCCAGCACAAAUUGAUUCCAUUUUAUUUAUUUUAUGUUUUAAACCACACGCAGAAAUGUGUUUUCUGUUAUCGUCUGACUUUAAGAGCUUCUUUCGUAGGAUAUGUUUUAAUAUAAGUAGGUACAUUAAUGCAUAUGUGUCUAGUUAUUUUGCAUACAUUAAAUGUAACAAUUGCGAUCAGAUACCGUUUGGUGGAGAAUAUUUUGUGUCCACUCUGUAACCUUAUUGAUGCCGUGGCGAAGUACUUUGUAUAAACGUUGUAUUGACAAUUGGGAGAUUUGGAUUGUCUGCAAAUCUUGGCAUUUGUGAAAUAUGACGCCAUUGACUGGAAAUUAAAUUAAAAAAAAAAGUUGUAGACGCCAGAGGGUAAUAAUAUACAAGUAUCAAACAGUAACCUCAUUGCAAUUGAAUUAAUUAGAUAGUAACGGCCAAACCGUAGGUACUCUAUACACAAUAAUGUUGUUAGGUAAAUUAUAGGCAUAAACACUGAAUAUAAACUAAGUAGAGGUAAGGAUGUUGAGAGGAGCUCUUAGCCGCUGUCGCGACUGCCCGAGGGGACUUGUAAUAUUUCGGAAUGUAAUUUUAUGAUCCGCUAUGUGAUUAUUAUGAUUAAAAUUAUCGUAAUAAAA